UUUGGGACCAGUUCCAAUAUUAGUAGCUGAUUGGCCCAAGUCAACCCAGAGAGGAAAGAGAAUUACAGUCAAUAAAACAUGUCGGGGUUGGACUUAAUGUCCUUAUAAGCCCCUUCCAGCGGUACUGUUCUAUGAUUGGGUUCUGGGCUCUAUCAGGAGAAGGAAUUCUGUAGACACUUGCAGAAAGCAGAGGCAGCAAUUGUUUGAACUGAGCCAAGUCUCAAGUUGUAAGCCCAUUUCUGAAUGGAUUCCAGUGAAUUUCCCGGCUCCUUGGGGCCACUGUCUCUGCCUGAUAAGCCACUGAUUGGUGACCUCCCUGCAGACAUGGAGUUUGGAGAGGAUCUGCUGGCCUCCCAGACAGCCUCCGUCCCACAAGCUUCAGCUCUCCAGCCCCAAGAAAUGGAGUGGGAAGCCCCUAAGCAAGCAACUUCCGACAGGGACUUGGAGCUGGGCUUGGUGAAACCAGACGGCUUGUCUGAUCUGAGCAAAUCCAACAGCCUGGCCCUCGAAAAAUCUGCUGCUUUGGAUAUCUUGGAGAAGCCCAGCCUCCUGGAUAGUUUGAGCAACAAUGACGACCUGGUGGUUCUGGAUAAGUCUGAGGAUCUGGACAGCUUGUACAAGACAAGCGGCUCAGUGGGCACAGAGGAUGGGCCUGGAGACUCUUCCGUGAUAGGAACUGAAGCCCUCGUGCCGGAAGCUUGGAAAGAAGGAGGUCCGUUGAAAGCAGACUCCCAAGGCGCAAAGGAUGACGGGGCAGAGAGUGCCACCACCCUUCCCGACAACCGCAUUGUGGAGUCGCCCGACGUGGUGGAGGUGAGCAGUAUGCCUCCUUCGCGAGAAUUGAUAGCUUCUCCCAGCGGCUCGCCAACCAGUCAGCGUUUGGCGAAGAAAGCCCGGUUGAAAGCUCCCAGGAAAAGCUCUCCAGUGCGGAAGGAGGAAGUGGCGACAUCCACAGAGGAAGGGAAGGAGCCUGUCCUCAACAGUGGUCCUGAUCCACCUCCUGCACCAGGGAAAGAAGGUCUGGCUGAGAAAGACAGUAGCGUGGACCAGAAGGACUCUGCCGAGCCCAAAGCACAAGAGGGCGAACAGUCAGCCCCACUUGCAGGGGAAGGCCCCGGCGCAAAGGGGAGCGAAAAGCCAGUUGAAAAGGAGCAGAAGAGGAGUGAGCGAGCCAGGAGGGCAGAGGUGUCUCGGCCGGAAACAGUAAACUCCUCUGAGAGCAUCCCCGUCUCAGAUGAGGAUUCGGAUGCCAUGGUGGACGACCCCAACGAUGAGGACUUUGUUCCUUUCCGCACACGGCGCACCACACGCAUGUCCCUGCGCAACCAGGCAGCCCAGCGAGCAGCCCGCUCCACAGUCACCAAGAUGACGUGUGCCAACUGCCGGACCCCGUUGCAGAAGGGCCAGACGGCCUAUCAGCGCAAGGGGCUCCCCCAGCUCUUCUGCUCCAGUUCCUGCCUCACCACCUUCUCCAAGAGGCCACUCAACAAGAAAAACUGCACCUUCUGCAAAAAGGAGAUCUGGAACACCAAGGACUCCGUGGUGGCUCAGAUUGGCUCGGGCAGUUCUUUCCACGAGUUCUGCUCUUCUGUGUGUCUCUCGUUGUACGAAGCCCAGCAGCAGAGACCAGCGCCACAGACGGCGGAAGCCUCGGAUGCUGUCCGUUGCAGCGUGUGCUACAAAGCUGGAGAGAUCCAGCACGAGGUCAGCAACGGCAAUGUGGUGCACCGCAUCUGUAGUGACGCCUGUUUCACCAAGUUCCGGGCCACCAAGGGGCUGAAAACCAACUGCUGUGACAACUGCGGCCUCUACCUGUACAACAAGGGGCUGCCCCUGGAGUAUCUCUUCCACGAGGGGCAGCAGAAACGCUUCUGCAACACCACCUGCCUCAACAGCUACAAGAAGAAGAACACCCGGGUAUAUCCGUGCAUGUGGUGCAAGACGCUCUGCAAAAACUUCGACAUGCUUUCCCACAAAGACCGGAAUGGCAAGAUGGGCCUCUUCUGUUCCAUCUGCUGCACCACCUCCUACAAAGUCAAGCAGGCAGGCCUGACAGGACCCCCUCGGCCUUGCAGCUUCUGCCGGAAGACCCUGUCUGAGCCCUGCUACUACAACAAGAAUGAGCAGGUGGUGUACCAGUUCUGCAGCCCCAGCUGCUGGACCAAAUUCCAGCGCAGCAGCCCAGAAGGAGGGAUCCACUUGACUUGCUAUUCGUGCCACAACCUCUUCACUGGGAAGCCCGAGAUCCUGGAUUGGCAGGACAAGGUCUACCAAUUUUGCUGCCGAGACUGCUGCGAGGACUUCAAGCGCCUGCGUGGGGUGGUGUCCCAGUGUGAGCACUGCAAGCAGGAGAAGCUGCUGCACGAGAAGAUCCGCUUCUCCGGGGUGGAGAAGAACUUUUGCAGCGAAGGGUGUGUGCUUCUUUAUAAACAGGACUUCACCAAGAACUUGGGCCUUUGCUGCAUCACCUGCACCUACUGCUCCCAGACGUGCCAGCGAGCCGUCACUGAGCAGCUGGAGGGCAGCACCUGGGACUUCUGCAGCGAAGAGUGCAAAGGCAAAUACCUGCUCUGGUACUACAAGGCGGCUCGGUGCCACGCCUGCAAGCGCCAGGGCAAGCUGUUGGAAACCAUCCACUGGCGAGGGCAAAUCAAGCACUUCUGCAACCAGCAGUGUCUGCUGCGGUUUUAUAACCAACAGAAUCAGCCCAACCUGGACACCCAGAAAGGGCCUGAGAGCCUGCUGAACAGUCAGACCCCUGAGCCAAAGCAGCCCCCUUCCUCCUCCUCCUCCUCUUCCUCGUCCACCCCACAGAAAGCAGAGAGCAAUGCGGUGCCUGCAAAGAACAGCUCUGCCCCCGCGACACCGGCUCCUCCACCUCAGCCAGUCACCCCGCGAAAGAACAAGGCCGCCAUGUGCAAGCCGCUCAUGCAGAACCGGGGGGUCUCGUGCAAGAUAGAAAUGAAGUCCAAGGGGUGUCAGACAGAGGCCGACUGGAAGCCCCAGGUGGUUGUGCUCCCCAUCCCCGUGCCCAUCUUUGUGCCUGUGCCUAUGAACAUGUACUGCCAGAAAGUACCCGUGCCUUUCUCCGUGCCUGUCCCGGUGCCUGUGCCAAUGUUCCUGCCCACGACACUGGAGAGCACAGAGAAGAUUGUGGAGACCAUCGAGGAACUGAAGGUGAAGAUCCCUUCCAACCCCCUGGAAGCUGAUAUCCUGGCCAUGGCGGAGAUGAUUGCAGAGGCCGAGGAGCUGGACAAAGCCUCUUCGGACCUUUGCGACCUGGUGAGUAACCAGAGCGCAGAGGGGCUCCUGGAGGACUGCGACCUCUUUGGGCCGGCCAGAGAUGAUGUGCUGGCCAUGGCGGUCAAGAUGGCAAAUGUCCUGGAUGAGCCGGGUCAGGACUUGGAGGCCGACUUCCCCAAAAAUCCCUUGGACAUUAACCCCAGUGUGGAUUUCCUCUUUGACUGUGGCCUGGUGGGCCCGGAUGAUGUCUCUGCUGAGCAGGACUUGCCUCGGGCUAUCCGCAAGGGCCAGAAGCGCCUGGUGCUCUCUGAGAGCUGUUCGCGGGACUCCAUGAGCAGCCAGCCCAACUGCACGGCCCUCAACUAUUCUUACGGCGUGAAUGCCUGGAAGAGCUGGGUGCAGGCCAAGUACGCCGGUGGUGAGACCAGCAAAGGCGACGAGCUGCGUUUUGGCCCCAAACCUAUGCGGAUCAAAGAGGACAUCCUGGCCUGCACAGCAGCCGAGCUGAAUUACGGCCUGGCCCAGUUUGUCAAGGAGAUCACCCGGCCCAACGGCGAGCGCUAUGAGCCUGACAGCAUCUAUUACCUCUGCCUUGGCAUACAGCAGUACCUGCUGGAGAACAACCGCAUGGUGAACAUCUUCACAGACCUUUACUACCUGACCUUUGUGCAGGAGCUCAACAAGACACUGAGCGGCUGGCAGCCCACGAUCCUGCCCAACAACGCUGUUUUCUCCCGCGUGGAAGAGGAGCACCUCUGGGAAUGCAAGCAGCUGGGCGUCUACUCCCCCUUCGUGCUCCUCAACACCCUUAUGUUCUUCAACACCAAGUUCUUUGGGCUCCAGACGGCUGAGGAGCACAUGCAACUCUCCUUCACCAACGUUGUGCGGCACUCGCGCAAGUGCACCACGCCGCGGGGCACCGCCAAGGUGGUGAGCAUCCGCUACUAUGCUCCCGUGCGGCACCGGAAGGGGCGAGACGGCGGCCUGGGCAAGCGGAAGCGAGAGGAGGAAGCGCCCAUCUUGGAGCAACGAGAAAACCGCAUGAACCCACUGCGCUGCCCGGUCAAGUUUUACGAAUUUUAUCUCUCCAAAUGCCCCGACAGCCUCCGGAACCGCAACGACGUGUUCUACUUGCAGCCCGAGCGGUCCUGCAUUGCAGAGUCGCCGCUGUGGUACUCAGUCAUCCCUAUGGACAAAAGCAUGCUUGAGAGCAUGCUGAACCGCAUCCUGGCUGUGCGUGAGAUUUAUGAGGAGCACAGCUGUGGCAGCGGCGGCGGCGGCCUGGAUGACGACGUGGACUGAGCAGGCACCGCCGGUCUUGCCAGAGGGAGACUGUGGGCCGCUCCGGCCAGCUGGUGGGUGACUAGGGUGUGGGGUGUGGCUUGCUGCCCCUUCCCUGCCUGGGUGGACAGGCAUGUAGGACUCUCAACACUCCUCACUCCAUGCUAGUGAAUGGCUCCCCCAAGAGGAGCCGCCCCACACAUCCCCUUUCCCCCACCCCCUCCUCCUCUGCUGCCUAGGAGUGAGUGCUUGCCUGCCCCUUCCUCUUUGCUGAGUCCUCUCCAGUGGCAUCAAGCUGAUUGGUAGGGGUGGGGGGAGAGUGUCACAUGCGGGUCCUUUGCCUGGGGAGAGGGAGGGUCCUGGGGAGCCCACCUUUGUGGGUGCAGACCCCUGCCUGGUUGUGCUGAUUGGGGUGGGGGUUGGCUCAUUGUGUGCACGUCCUUUGGACAGUGGUCCCCUUCUCCUUUCUCCUGUAGAUGGCAAUCCUGACUUCCUCCACCCAGCCCCAGUGGUUGAACGCUCUCCCUCUCGUUUUGGGGGACUAGCCCUAAAAUGACAGCCUGGGCCGUCUCCUCUUCCUGCUUCCUUGAAGCCCAGCUUGGUCCCUCCCUCUCCCCCCCCCGAGGCAGAGGCUGCUGAGUAUCCCCCCCCCAGUCCUUCCCCAUCUGUGUGUGUCACGUUGAACUCUGAGCUAUGGCUGGUGGUGGUGGUGGUGCCGUCUCUUGAGCCUGUAUAUAUUGUUCUGGCCCAGCCCCCGUCUGUGUCCUUGUUGCCAGUGAGCCAGUUUGCGGGUCUCGUCGUCAUCGUCGUGAUACCUGGGGCGUUGGGACCCGCCCUCCCCGCGUCUCUCUGGAAAACCAUUCAUUUCAAAUAAAGGCACAAAAACCUG